AUGGUUCAGUUUACAUACGAAGACAGGUGCCUCGCCCGGGUUGUUCCCAAAAUUGCGAUGGAACAGGACCAACUCAAGGACGGAGUUCGCAAAGAAGCCAGAAUGAUUCAGCGGGCCUACGACUACUUCCAAUCCAACAUCAAGGCUGGCAAUCUGGGACUUCCCAACUCUCGAAGCAUCAAACCCGUUUAUCUGAGAUGUGCACGCGAGCUCCAACCCGUCUACAAGUUAGAAGAUUGCCCCGGUGAUGACGGCGAGUUUCCUGAAUCCUGGAUCAAAGUAUCUGGCGCCUUGAAGAAUGUACUUACCGAUUGCUUCUGGUAUGGGAAUAGACUCCUCAAGAAUCCUGACGAGGAUUUAGUGAGCUGGCUUGAGCACUUCCAAGGCAAAGAGAUCUUGGACAGAGAGGUUAAGCGCUGGAAGGACAACAUACCUCUUACCCUCGAGGAGUUGAUGGACAUUAAACACGAAAGGAUGAUGGAGUACCUUCGGCUGUUCCCACGCUACGAACCUCUUGAAUUCGAGCGUGUGGAAUACAAGCCUUUUGCAACUUAUCAGAAGUUUGAGAAAGCAGUUCCAUACGAGCCCACAAAGGAAGAGCUCGCCGAGACGGAGCGUGUGCGCAAACAGAGUGAGGCAUGCGGUACACCUUCCAAGCAGACAGCACGAUGCUAUCUGUUCGACCUCAUCGACACAAGCCCUUCAGCACGUGAGACACUUGAGAAGCAGGCUAGAGAGGACCCCAAGGCAGCUUACCAUAUUCAGCUGCUGAAGGAGAAGAAGGCUGCUGCCGACAAGGCAAAGAAACCGGAAUCUUUGUCAUAUUCCGCGGAAGAAGAGGAGGCCACCAACGUCAACGAGGAAAUUCCUACCGAAGUUGACGAUCAGAAAGAAAUGGUCCGCCAAAUGUACUCCGUUGGAAUCUCCGACGACAACGACAACGACAAGGUGUUCCAAAUGGAACGGGGGCCCUGGACUGUAUCACAGCCGCGCCGUUUUCCCAAGCCUGUGCUGACAGGAUGCCCCACUGGUAUCCUUAUCGAUUUCUAG